AUGGCAGAGGCUGGUGUUCGUGUUCCUUUGGAGCAGGUGAAGACGAGCGCGGUCUCCGAUGAGCGAGUGGACUUCUUAAGAGAACAGGCCUUCACUGUUCUCCGACUCAAAACAGACAAAUGGAACCGUUUUAUUGGAUUGGAGGAGAAUCAGAGAGUUUUGCUUGACUUCCUGGACCAGAGCUGGCGGGAGUAUCUCAUUUUGUUCAUGGGUCCUGGAGGGACUCUGCAUGCAGGAGAUGAACAGAGCUCCUCCUCCUGGAGGACCAAGCUUCUGUGUGUUCUUAAGAAAAAGAAGGGUGUCAUCUCCAAAACUGCCUUCAGAUCCCAGCUCUGGCUUGGAGAGAUUUCUGCUCAGCCCAUGGACCAUGCUCUUGUGCUCAUCUCCCAGGCUUUUGUUUCGGUGCUUGGAAGUCCACAGAAUCAGUCCGCCUGGCCCCGGGUGGUUGGUCAGGAUAUUUGCAGGCACCUAGAGCAUCUGUGCAGUCAAGCAGUCACACUGAGAGGGCGAGCUCAAGGACGAACGCUUCUGCCCCUGCCAAUGUGUGUGGAAAGAAAAGACCAGGACCAGCUGAGUUCAGAUUCCUGCCUGAUUGACAGGGUGUUAUUGUACUCCAUUGAGACCAUGGUGAUUGAGUGGUGUCGACUGAUGGGCUCUGUACUGCAGCGGGACUCUUCUAAGCUACUGCGUGAGGGGGAACAACCAGGUCCCACGACGGAGCUCAGUUUCUGGCUGCAGAACCCAAAAGUUGGUCAGGUGCUGGAAAUUCUGCGAAGGAUCAACAGCAGUUACUAUGCUUCUUUCUAUGACAUCAUUCAAAAAGUCAACCAUGCAGUGAUGGAGGCAGAGGACAUAGAUCUGUACUUGCGGACAUUGCGGCGGCCCAUAGCUGCUUUCGAGGAGCGGAGUUUCACUGAACUGGAGCCUCUGAUUCCUGCUCUGUUUCACACACUCGCUCUCAUCUGGACACACUCCCGCUUCUACUGCCACCCACCACGCAUCGUCACUCUGCUCACAGAGUUCUGCAACGUGCUCAUCGAGAAGGCAUCUGUGUAUUUGAUUCCCGAGGAGCUCUUCAAAAUGGAAUUAGAGGAGGGUGUGGACCGGGUUCGGAAGGCGAUCCAGGUAUUUUGGGUGUUCAAGCGCAGUUUCCAGCAGCACAGAGACAAGCUGAUACCCACUGGACCCUAUAGCCGCCCAGGACACUCGGUCAAACCCUGGGACUUCCCCACUGAACUUGUGUUUCACCGCACUGACUGCAUCAUGGAGCGACUACGAAUGAUCGAGGAGUUGUUUGCCUCAGCUUUGGACUUUCUAAAGCUGGAACGGGUGGAGCUGGGCGGCACUAGAGGGAAGAUUCUCAGUGAGAUGGUUUACAGCAUGAAUGAUGAGUUCCUGGACAGCUGGAGAACUCUAAGAGAGAGCAAAUAUGACCCACUCGACUACAACAACAAAGAGUUUGAGUCUGACUACAAUCGUUUCAUAGAACAGAUCAGAGAUUUUGACCAGAGACUGGGAACAGUAAUAAACUUAGCCUUCCAACAUUCCCCAGGCUUAGAGUCUGCUUUUAAGCUCCUGCAGAUCUUUGGUACUCUUCUGGAGAGGCCAAGGGUUCACCAACUUUUCUCUCCGAACUACAAUCAGCUGCUGGCCAUGUUCCAGGAGGAGGUCAAGAUCUGUCAACACAUACUGGAAACCCAGAGAGAAAAGUUGAAAAAUGGCUGCCCCAUCCUUGGCAAAAACAUGCCAACCAUUGCUGGGAACUUGAAAUGGUCUCAAGAACUCAGAGAACGAAUCCUGUCCAACCGCAGUCACCUCAGCCAACUUGCACAUAUGCCGUUAGACAGUCCUGAGGCAAAGCAGGUGCUAAAGGAGUGUGAGUAUGUGUUGGCAAUUCUGGAUCAGCUUGAUGAGGAAGUCUACAGUAAUUGGAGCACUGGACUGGACGAGCUGUGCCACACCUAUCUGAAUGAACCACUGCUGUUUUUGGAUGAGGAGACCAGCCUGUACAGCAUGAACUUUAACCCUGCUUUGGUGUCAGUUUUGAGGGAAGUUAAGUAUCUUCGAAUUCUGAAGAACCACAACAUUCCCAAGGCUGCUGUGAGUCUGUACUCUAAACGGGAAACACUCCACAUGUACACCAGCACACUUUCCCAGAUCACUCAGCGGUAUAAUAAACUAUACAGCACAAUUCUGGCUGUUGAGCUGCGUUUGGUGGAGACUGAGCUGGAGGAAGUGAGGUCUUCAUUAAGACCAGCAUUAAAGGAACUACGGUGGAGUGAUGAGGACCUUGCAGACUACAUUAAGAGCACAUGUGAUCUGGUGCGUGGUGUCUCUGAACGUGUGCACAAGAGCAAGGCUAACCUGGACAAACUACAGGGGCUGAUGGGAGGUUUUAGUCACUCUGCCUUCAUUACACGCAAGACUAGUCACCGUGGCAACCUUCUCAAUCUCACCGAUGAGGAGAACUUCAAAAGGCAGUACACUCUCAUUGCACGGACAGGAGAGAAGAUACAUGAGCUUGUGCAGGAGAAUGCUGAGCUGCUUGGUGCUGAUUUGGACUCAGAGGCUUGGCAGUCCUAUACAAAUCAUGUGGACAGAACUGUUCUUGCCGGGUUCUGAAGUGCCGUUCGAUGCUCUCUGCAGUACUUAAUCGAGAAUACAGACCCAGCACUCCACAUCACUCCCCUCUUCGAAGUUCAGUUGACGCUGACCUCUGACAUGACAUUUCACCCUUCUCUCGACCUAUCCAAAAAGGGCAACUUUUAUGACGUCAUUGACCAGAUGGUGACAGAUAUUUUUAAAAUGGCUUCUUUCAUGAAAAGAGUGGCCAAGAGCAAACAAUCUGAAACAUAUCAGGCAGAUGUAGAUAAGAUAUCGGAGCUGGCAGAGUUGGCUCAGUUGGUGCGUUUCCGUGCACGUGGUGCCAUCGCUAAGGUCAAAGAAUUCCAAAAUUCCUUUAAUUCCUAUCGCUACCUCUGGACUGGAGACAGGGCAGAAUUUAUGAGGCAGUUUUUGCUCUAUGGACACGCUCUCUCUGCAGAGGAGGCGGAGCUUUAUGCAGAUUAUGAGCUGCCCAAGAACCCGCCCAAACUGCAGAACUUCAGAGAGCAGAUCAGUGAGUUUGAGGAUCUUUAUGAGAAAGUGCUUGUGUUAGAGGAGAAGAGAGUUUUCAGUGGCUGGUGUCAGGUGGACAUCAAACCUUUUAAGAUAUCUCUCAUGAACAUCAUCAAGAAAUGGAGCUGGAUGUUCAAGGAGCACCUGCUCAACCACGUCAAUGCCAGUGUGCAGGAGUUGGCAUCAUUUAUUGAGAAUACAGAGUUUGGCUUGGCAAAGACUGUAACUGAUGGGGAUUACAGCAAACUGGUGGACAUCAUGGGUCAUUUGAUGGCCAUCAGAGACCGGCAGCUGACUACAGAGCAGCAUUUCAUACCCCUAAAAGCCACUGCAGACCUUCUCAAAACAUACAACCAACAGCUACCAGAGCAUGUUUACAUACAGCUGGAGUCGCUGCCAGAGAAAUGGAAAAAUCUUAAGAAGGUGGCAUUCACAGUAAAACAUGAGGUUGCUCCUUUCCAGUCCAAUGAAGUCUCAGUCAUCCGCAGGAAAUGUGUUCGAUUUGAGAUUAAGCAGCAUGACUUUCGGGAACAAUUCCGCUCUGAGUCCAUCUUCUAUAUCAGACUGGAGGAGCCAUACAAACUCAUAGACAAGAGUAAUCGUGUGGUAGCUCAUUUAGAAAGUGAGAUGUCUAAGCUGCAGCAAACAGCCAAUCUUUUCGAGGUCAGUUUCCCAGACUACAAACAACUGCGACAGUGUCGGUCAGACAUAAUCCUGGUAAAAGCAGUAUGGGAUAUGGUUAUGUUUGUCAAGUCCAGUAUCGCAGACUGGACAAAGACACCAUGGAAGGAGAUCAAUGUGGAACAGAUGGACAUGGAGCUCAGGAGGUUUGCUAAGGAGAUGAAGACUCUGGACAAGGAAGUACGAGUGUGGGAUGUGUACAAUGGUCUGGAAUCAAUCGUUAAGAAUUUGUUGACAUCACUGAGAGCUGUUAAUGAGCUUCAAAACUCUGCUGUCAGAGAGAGACACUGGCAGCAGCUUAUGCACACAACAGGGGUGAGUUUUGUGAUGGAUGAGAACACCACACUUGGUGAUCUGUUGGAGCUGCAGCUCCACCGUGUGGAGGAAGAGGUGAAGAACAUUGUGGACAAAGCAGUCAAAGAGAUGGGCAUUGAGAAGAUUCUUGGUGAGAUCCAACAGACAUGGUCCAUGAUGUCUCUGUCAUAUGAGACACACACCAGUACUGGAACACCUCUGCUCAAAGCUGAUGAGAACCUUAUUGAAACCCUGGAGGACAACCAGGUUCAGCUGCAGAACAUUCUGAUGAGUAAAUAUGUGGAGUAUUUUAUGGUGGAGGUGAGCGGCUGGCAGCGGAAACUGAUGGUGGCCGAUCUAGUCAUCGGCACAUGGCUGGCGGUCCAGCGUACUUGGGCUCACCUCCAGAGCAUCUUCACCAAUUCUGAGGACAUCCGAAACCAGCUGGCCCACGACGCAGAGCGCUUUCAAGGCAUCCACCAGGACUUCCAGGGUUUAAUGGUCAAUAUUGUGAAGAUGGAUAAUGUGAUCAUAGUCACCAACCAACCAGGCUUCUUGGAGCAACUUGAGACUCUUCAGCAAAGAUUAUCGGUGUGUGAAAAAGCUCUGGCUGAGUAUUUGGAGACGAAGCGUUUGACGUUUCCAAGAUUCUACUUUGUCUCUGCUACUGACUUGCUGGAUAUUGUUUCUAAAGGAACUCAGCCCAGACAGGUGACACGGCACCUUCUAAAGCUCUUUGAUAAUCUGGCUGAUCUCAGCUUUAACAGUGAGGAAGAAGAGGAAGGAGCCGUGGAACCAAAAACUGUUGCCUUGGGAAUGUACAGCAGAGAGAGGGAGUACGUGCCCUUCUCACAGCCUUGUGUGUGUGAAGGACAGGCAGAAUGUUGGCUGAAUGCUCUGGAGCAGUCCAUGCGUUCUACUGUCCGUCAGGAGAUCUCUGAGGCCGUGGCAGCAUAUGAAGACAAGCAACGAGAUCAGUGGCUGUUUGACUAUCCAGCACAGGUAGCACUGACCUGCAGUCAAAUUUGGUGGGCGACAGAUGUGGGAAUUGCCUUCGAGAAGGUGGAAGAGGGUUUCGAGACUGCCCUGAAAGACUACAACCGAAAACAGAUCAGUCAGCUGAACUUUCUGAUAAACAUGUUACUGGGCGAGCUCACCCCUGGUGACCGACAAAAGAUCAUGACCAUCUGCACUAUUGACGUCCAUGCUCGUGAUGUAGUUGCUAAACUCAUCUCUCAGAAGGUGACCAAUGGGCAGGCAUUUGCAUGGUUGUCACAGUUACGACUCAGAUGGGAUGAGCAACAGAAGCACUGUUACAUCAACAUAUGUGACGCACAGUUUCAAUUCUCAUACGAGUAUUUAGGCAACACUAACAGACUCGUCAUAACACCACUCACUGACCGCUGCUACAUCACUCUGACUCAGUCUCUGCACCUCACCAUGAGUGGUGCCACUUCUGGUCCUGCUGGAACUGGCAAGACUGAAACCACAAAAGACCUGGGCCGCUCACUCGGCAUUAUGGUCUAUGUGUUCAACUGCUCUGAACAAAUGGACUACAAGUCAAUAGGUAAUAUCUAUAAAGGUUUAGCCCAGACAGGCGUGUGGGGUUGUUUUGAUGAGUUUAACAGGAUCUCUGUGGAGGUUCUUUCUGUGGUUGCUGUGCAGGUGAAAACCAUUCAGGAUGCUGUACGCAACAAGAAACAGAGAUUUCACUUCCUAGGAGAGGAGAUUGAUUUGAGGCCAACUGUUGGGAUCUUUAUCACUCUGAACCCUGGAUAUGCAGGGAGAACUGAACUACCAGAAAACCUCAAAGCGCUCUUCAGGCCAUGUGCAAUGGUGAUUCCUGAUUAUGAGCUAAUCUGUGAGAUCAUGUUGGUGGCUGAAGGUUUUUUAGAUGCUCGUCUGCUUGCGCGUAAGUUCAUCAGCCUCUAUACACUCUGCAAAGAGCUGCUCUCAAAACAGGAUCAUUAUGAUUGGGGUUUGAGAGCCAUUAAGUCAGUCUUGGUUGUGGCCGGGUCACUGAAGAGGGAGGACAGGAGCCGCCCUGAAGAGCAGGUGCUGAUGCGUGCUUUGCGAGACUUUAACCUGCCGAAGGUCGUGACGAGUGAUGUGCCGAUCUUCCUUGGCCUGAUCAGUGAUCUAUUCCCUCUUCUGGACAUUCCACGCAAGAGAGACAAUGAGCUUGAGCAGAACGUACGCCAGUCGGUCACUGAACUUCACCUGCAGCCUGAGGAGAACUUCAUACUCAAGGUGACCCAGCUGGAAGAGCUGUUGACAGUGAGGCACUCUGUUUUUGUAGUGGGUGGAGCUGGAGCAGGAAAAAGUCAGAUUCUGAAAACACUGCAUAAGACUUACACAAACAUGAAACUGAAGCCCACCUGGACUGACAUCAACCCUAAAGCUGUCACCACUGAUGAGCUGUUUGGCUUCCUGCACCCAGCCACACGGGAGUGGAAAGAUGGUCUGUUUUCUUCCACUAUGAGAGAACUCUCUGCUAUAUCUCAUGACGGACCAAAGUGGAUUGUUCUAGAUGGAGAUAUUGACCCUAUGUGGAUUGAAUCUUUAAACACUGUAAUGGAUGAUAACAAGGUGCUUACACUGGCCAGUAACGAGCGGAUAUCACUGACUCCCUCUAUGCGUUUGCUCUUUGAGAUCAGCCACCUAAAGGCAGCAACCCCGGCAACCGUAUCUAGGGCGGGAAUUCUUUACGUGAACCCUCAGGAUCUAGGCUGGAGUUCGUAUGUUACAAGCUGGAUUGACACCCGUCAGGCCCAAUCUGAGCGAGCGAAUCUCACUAUCUUGUUUGAUAAGUAUGUGCCCUACUGUCUAGAGCAGGUCAGAUGCAACCUUAAGACAAUCACACCUAUACCUGAGACAAGCAUUGUACAGACUCUGUGUUGUCUUCUGGACUGCUUGCUGACUGACGAAAACACUCCUCCAGACUCUCCUCGUGAGCUCUAUGAGAUCUACUUUGUGUUUGCGUGUGUUUGGGCCUUUGGAGGGGCUCUAUUCCAGGACCAUCUCAUUGAUUAUCGUUUAGAGUUCAGUCGUUGGUGGUGUAAGGAGAUGCGUGCUGUGAAAUUUCCCUCUCAGGGUUCAGUGUUUGAUUACUACAUCGACCCCAACACUAAACGGUUCACACCCUGGAGUGAAUGCACACCUCCCUUUGAGUUGGAACCUGACAUCCCUUUGCAGACAGUUUUGGUGCAUUCAGCAGAGACGAUCUGUCUGACAUACUUCAUCGAGUUGCUUCUGCAGAAGGGAAAGCCAGUGAUGCUGUUGGGAAAUGCUGGCGUGGGGAAAACCAUCCUGGUCUGGGACAAGAUCUCCAAACUCAAAGAGGAAUUCAUGGUGGCUAAAAUCCCGUUCAAUUACUACACAACUUCAGCCAUGUUACAGCGUGUGCUAGAGAAGCCACUGGAGAAGAAGGCAGGACGGAACUUUGCUCCUCCUGGGAAUAAAAAGCUAAUUUACUUUGUUGAUGAUCUGAACAUGCCAGAGGUAGAUGCAUAUGGAACAGUUCAACCUCAUACCCUGAUCAGACAACACCUGGACUAUUCCCACUGGUAUGACCGUCAGAGGCUGGUCCUUAAGGAGAUUCAUAAUUGUCAGUACAUAACCUGCAUGAAUCCAACAGCAGGAAGCUUCUCAGUCAACCCUCGUCUACAGAGGCAUUUCUCAGUGUUUGCUGUGCAUUUCCCUGGUGCAGAUGCUCUGAGCACUAUAUACAGUAGUAUUCUGAGUGGUCAUUUCCAGCAGGGUGGCUAUAGUUAUGGUGUGAGUCGCAUGGUUAGCACACUGGUUCAAGCUGCUAUCUGCCUUCAUCAGAAAAUGAACCAGAACUUCCUGCCCACUGCCAUUCGCUUCCACUACAUUUUUAACCUCAGAGACAUCUCCAGCAUCUUUCAGGGCAUCCUCUUUGCCCUGCCAGAGCAUGUGCGUUACCCUAUAGACCUGGUGCACCUGUGGUUGCACGAGUCCUCUCGUGUGUAUUCAGACAAACUGAUGGAGGAGAAGGACAUGGAACUGUUCAACAAGAUCCUGUUGGACACAGGCAAGAGAUACUUUGAGGUUAUAGAUGAAUCUAUCUUAAUCAACCAGCCAUUGAUCUACUCUCAUUUUGCACAUGGUGUGGGAGAGCCACGGUAUGCACAAGUGACUGAUCUGGAGAAGCUUCAGAAGACCCUGACGGAUGCACUUGAGCACUACAAUGAGCUGCACCCUGACAUGAACCUGGUGCUGUUUGAGGAAGCCAUGCAACACAUCUGUAGGAUCAGUCGUAUUCUGGAGUCUCCAGUGGGGAAUGCACUGCUGAUUGGUGUAGGUGGAAGUGGCAAACAGUCUCUCUGUCGACUGGCAGCUUUUCUCAGCAUGCUGGAAGUGUUUCAAAUCACACUGCGCAAGGGCUAUGGCAUCAGUGACCUGAGGAGUGAUAUAGCGGCUCUAUACAUAAAGGUGGGAGUGAAGAACAUUGGCACAGUCUUCUUGCACACAGAUACUCAGAUUCCUGAUGAAAGAUUCCUGGUGCUUAUAAACGACAUGUUGGCGUCAGGUGAUAUUCCAGACCUGUUUAGUGAGGAGGAGGUAGAUAUGAUUGCUGCCUCUAUCCGUGUAGAGUUGAGGGCACUUGGUUUGCUGGACACACGAGAGAACUGUUGGAACUUCUUCAUUGACCGCAUACGCAGACAGUUAAAGGUGGUGUUGUGUUUCUCUCCGGUCGGCUUCACUCUUCGCACACGUGCACGAAAGUUUCCGGCACUUGUGAACUGCACGGCUAUUGACUGGUUUCAUCCUUGGCCCCAGCAUGCACUGCAGUCUGUCAGCAGCACUUUCAUACAGAACAUCUCUGGCCUGGAGCCAGAGGUGAGAGUCUCCAUCAGUGAGUUCAUCUCAUUCGCUCACACUAGUGUGAAUGAAGUGAAUGUAAAGUACCAGCAGAAUGAGAAACGCUUCAACUACACCACACCCAAGAGCUUCCUGGAGUUCAUGAAACUCUACGACAACCUACUUGGGACAAAAAGAAGAGAGCUCAGGCAGAAGAUGGAGCGCCUGGAGAAUGGCCUGCAGAAAUUACUGACCACUGCAUCACAGGUGGAGGAACUAAAGGCUAAAUUGGCCAUACAGGAAGUGGAGUUGCAGCUGAGAAAUACUGAUACUGAAGCUCUCAUCGCUAAAAUUGGCCAGCAGAGUGAGAAACUAAGUCAGGAGAGGAGUGUAGCAGAUGCAGAAGAACAGAGAGUUGAAGCAAUCCAGGCAGAAGUGACUAAACAGCAGCAGGACACUGAAGCAGACCUGGAAAAAGCAGAACCAGCCUUACAGGCAGCUAAUGCGGCUCUCAACACACUCAACAGGCUGAAUCUAACAGAGUUGCGGACAUUUCCAAACCCUCCUGCCAUCGUGACUAACGUGUCUGCUGCUGUGCUGGUGCUGCUGUCUCCUAACGGCAGAAUUCCUAAAGACCGCAGCUGGAAGGCAGCUAAAGUUAUCAUGAGUAAAGUGGAUGAUUUCUUGCAGGCUCUGGUUAACUUUGAUAAAGAGCAAAUCCCUGAAGCCACAGUUCGUGUGAUCAAAGACGAGUAUCUGAGUGAUCCUGAGUUUAAUCCAGAGUUUGUGCGUCUGAAAUCGUCUGCAGCGGCUGGUCUCUGUGCCUGGGUCAUCAACAUCAUCCGUUUCCAUGAGGUGUUCUGUGAGGUGGAGGUAAAGAGGAUGUGUCUGUCUCAGGCAAACGCUGAUCUGGUUGAAGCUGCAGAAAAACUCGAGAUCAUUAGAAAGAAGCUGACUGAAUUGGAUGGUAGUUUGGACACACUGAAGGCAGCAUUUGAAAAAGCCAUCUCAGAGAAACUGCGCUGUCAGGAUGAGGUGAAUCGAACCAACAAAACCAUCAAGCUGGCCAACCGCCUAGUGAAGGGCUUAGAGUCAGAAAACGUGCGCUGGGCUCACUCUGUAGCUCAGUACCGCGAGCAGGAAUCCACUCUGUGUGGAGAUGUUCUCCUCACUGCAGCAUUCAUCUCAUACGCUGGCUCCUUUUCAAAGAGAUACAGACAAGAGCUACUCCAUAACCUCUGGAUGCCUUACCUGCGCACACAGAAGAUGCCUAUCCCUAUGACCGAUAGUUUAGAUCCUAUUUCAAUGUUAACAGAUGAUGCCACUGUUGCUAAAUGGAAUAACGAGGGCUUGCCAGGUGAUAAGAUGUCUACCCAGAAUGCCACUAUACUAACCAACUGUGAGCGCUGGCCUCUGCUCAUUGACCCCCAGCUUCAGGGCAUCAAGUGGCUCAAGAGUCGCUAUGGCAACAGCCUGAAGGUCAUUAACCUCAGCCAGAAGGGGUAUGUGGAUGUAAUAGAGCAGGCUGUGGUCUCAGGGGAACCCGUAUUGAUUGAGAAUCUAGAGGAGACGAUUGAACCAGUUAUUGAUCCACUGCUGGGCAGACAGACCAUCAAGAAGGGGAGAUGUAUAAAAGUGGGAGAUAAGGAAUGUUUUUUUAACCCGGAUUUUCGUCUGAUUCUGCACACUAAGCUGGCAAACCCUCACUAUAAACCUGAGAUCCAGGCUCAGACCACCCUCAUCAACUUUACUGUGACCCGCGACGGGCUCGAGGACCAGCUGCUAGCAGACGUGGUCAACCUCGAGAGACCGGACCUCGAACAUCUCAAGUCAGAGCUGACUAAACAGCAGAACAUGUUUAAAAUCGAGUUGAAGCAGCUGGAAGAUGAGUUACUGACACGCCUCUCUGCGGCCGAGAGUAACUUCCUGGGAGAUAAUGUUCUUGUAGAGAAACUGGAGAGCACCAAACACACGGCGGCAGAGAUUGAGAUGAAGGUGCUGGAAGCGAAGGUUAAUGAGCUGAAGAUUAACGAGGCUCGUGAACACUACCGGCCAGUGGCUGUCAGGGCAUCCCUCCUCUACUUCAUCAUCAAUGACCUCAACAAGAUCAACCCCAUGUACCAGUUUUCCCUUAAGGCAUUUAAUGUUGUGUUUCAUAAGGCUGUACUGAAUGCAGAUGUCUGUUCAGAUGUAAAGACUCGUGUGAACACGCUGAUAGAUUGUAUCACAUUCUCUACAUUUAAUUACAUCAAUAGAGGCCUGUUUGAGAGAGACAAGCUCACGUUUGCAGCACAACUUACCUUUCAGUUGUUGUUUAUGAGUAAAGAGGUAGAUCCUCGAGAACUGGACUUCCUGUUGCGCUUCAACAUUGACCACAGUUACGCCAGCCCACUCGACUUUCUGUCCAACUCUGCCUGGAGCGCCGUUAAAACCAUGAGCUUUACAGACGAGUUCCGCGGUCUGGACCGGGACAUCGAGGGUUCUCCCAAACGCUGGAAGAAAGUGGUGGAGUCAGAGUGCCCAGAGAAAGAGAAGCUCCCUCAGGAAUGGAAAAGCAAAAGUUCCCUUCAGAAACUCAUACUAAUGAGGGCUCUACGACCCGACAGGAUGACAUACGCUGUCCGGAACUUUGUGGAGGAGAAACUGGGUGUGCAGUACACUGAGGGCAGGAAGAUGGAGUUUGCACGCUCGUUUAAAGAGUGUGGUCCUGCUUCCCCCGUGUUCUUCAUCCUGUCUCCUGGAGUGGACCCUCUUAAAGAUGUUGAGUCCCUGGGUAAGAAGCUGGGCUUCACUAUAGACCUGGGGAAGCUCCAUAAUGUGUCUUUGGGACAGGGUCAGGAAUCUGUGGCUGAACAUGCCAUGGAAAAGGCCUCCAGAGAGGGCCACUGGGUCAUUCUACAGAACAUUCACCUGGUGGCAAAGUGGCUGGGUAGUCUAGAGAAGCUUCUAGAAUGUUGCUGUGAGAACAGUCACCAAGACUACAGAGUGUUUAUGAGUGCAGAACCUUCUCCAACCCUACAGGAACACAUAAUUCCACAGGGGAUUCUGGAAAAUUCCAUCAAAAUCACUAAUGAACCUCCCACUGGCAUGCUGGCCAACCUACAUGCUGCUCUGGACAACUUUGAUCAAGACAUUCUGGACCAGUGUUCCCGUGAGCAGGAGUUUAAGACCAUCCUUUUCUCACUUUGUUAUUUUCAUGCGUGUGUGGCCGAAAGGAGAAAGUUUGGGCCACAGGGCUGGAACAGGAAGUACCCUUUUAACACAGGAGACCUCACCAUAUCAGUGAACGUACUCUACAACUACCUAGAAGCCAACUCACAGGUGCCAUGGGAAGACCUGCGAUACCUGUUUGGUGAGAUCAUGUAUGGAGGCCAUAUUACUGAUGACUGGGACAGAAGAUUGUGCAGAACUUACCUGGAAGAGUACAUGCAACCAAACCAGUUUGACAGGAAGUUGUCAUUGGCUCCAGGAUUUGUCGUGCCUUCUAAUCUGGACUACCAAGGUUACCACGCUUACAUUGAUGAGAUGCUGCCCCACGAAAGCCCAGUGCAUUACGGGCUGCAUUCAAAUGCCGAGAUUGAGUUUCUUACAGUGACGUCAGACAACCUGUUUCACACUCUGCUAGAGAUGCAGUCCAGAGACUCCAACAUGGGCGAAGGAGCCUCACAGACCACUGAAGAGAAGGUGAAGACAAUCUUGGAUGACAUACUGGAGAAAUUACCAGAAGAGUACAACAUGUCUGACAUUUCAUCUAAAACAGCUGAACGCUCACCGUACAUCCUGGUGUGUUUCCAGGAGUGUGAGCGUAUGAACAUGCUCAUCAAUGAAAUGAGACGGUCACUCAAAGAGCUGGACCUGGGUCUGAAGGGAGAGCUGGCGAUAUCAUCAGAGAUGGAACAGAUACAGACGGCUCUGUUUUUCGAUUAUGUUCCAGAUACCUGGGCCAGAUUGGCCUACCCCUCCACAUACAGCCUUGGACAGUGGUAUAACGAUGUGUUGCUCCGCUGUAGAGAGUUAGACAGCUGGACUCAGGAUCUGUCACUGCCUAGUGUGGUUUGGAUAUCUGGUUUAUUUAACCCUCAGUCUUUUCUAACAGCUGUGAUGCAGAGUUUGGCACGCAAGAAUGAAUGGCCACUGGACAAAAUGAACCUUACUGUAGACGUGACCAAGAAGUUUAAAGAAGAGUUUAACCAGCCGGCCAGAGAGGGAGCCUACAUCUACGGCCUAUACAUGGAGGGUGCACGCUGGGAUAUUCAGGGUGGGACGAUUGCGGAGGCACGUCUGAAGGAAUUAACUCCCAGCAUGCCUGUAAUAGCAGUGCGAGCCAUCCCAAACGACAGACAGGAGACUCGCAAUACCUACGAGUGCCCAGUUUAUAAGACCAAACUACGUGCUAACACGUAUGUCUGGACCUUCAGUCUGAAAACUAGAGAGAGGCCAGCCAAAUGGGUUCUCGCAGGGGUCGCACUGCUGCUUAGUGUCUAAGAC